UCAUCUUUUCUCUUGAAUCGUUUGAACAGUUAGUUGCUUUUUGUUUUCUCUCAAUUCGCAGCGAAAUGAAGUUUUUGUACGGAUUGGCAUUGGCUUUAAUCUUCUUUGAAGGAUUUAUAAGCCAAUGUGUUGGUGCAGGUGGCUCAGAAGAUGCAUCGACCAGUUUAAAUCUAAGAAAUCUUCCAAGUAAUGUAUAUGAAGAAAUCCUAUUCAGGACUGGUUUCAGUGCAACGGAAGAUGCAGCAAAAGACAGGCAGAGAUCCUCAGCGGCUGUCAAGAAAAUACUUGAAGAUCGUAUAAUUCAGAUCGUUCCAAUAAAUUUUGACAACGAAAAAAUGCACGAAUUCGAUCUAGGUGGUUACAUUUACCUUAACAUCUAUGGUGUCAAUAAAGCUCUUUCACUUUUUAAGAACUUUGGCAACCUUAUCAAGAAGAUUAAAGUUGACUACAAAUUCAUCGAUCAAGUAGAUGAUAACAUACGCCAUCAGAUAAAUGAAAAUAUUAUCACAAAGUAUGCAAAACAAUUCACAGAGUUUCACAUAGUCGCCAGUAAUGCGUUUUUGACAUUUUUGGAUGAACUUUCAAACGGCGGAGAAAGAAUUCGUUUUCCAAAUGUGAAAAAACUUGUUUAUCAUGGUCCAGAUUUUGGAAAUUCAUACGACUUAAAUUCGAUAUUUCCAAACCUUGAAUCUUUGACUUUACAUUAUAAUUACAUGUAUGUAUCUAACUCAUUCAUGCAAAUUAAUAUGACUUGUAUGGAAAAUGUUACGAAAUUGAAGGAAUUAAAACUGGAGAUUAAUCCUGAUUCAUAUCAACUACAUGAGCUUGAAAAGGUUUUUUCGAAAAAUAAGCAGUUGUCUACGCUUGGUCUCGUGUUAACCAAUAAAAUAGAUAUUCUUCGCUCGGUCGAAAUACACGUAAAAACUGUGCAAACACUUGACAUUCAAGUUGAUAGUACCGAAUUUCUGAAUCAUGUGUCUGAAAAACAUUCAUUCAAUAUGCCAACACUAAAAAAGCUACAUUUAAGUAAAAGUUGUAGGGACUGUCGAAUUAUUAAUUUUAUAAACUGUUUUAAAAAAUUGAAAACACUGGAAGUGUGGACCCAUGUUGAUUUCAUCGUAUCAAAUUUUGAAAAGUUGAUUGAAAUCAAUGAAUUCAUUAUGAAUAAUAUCCCAUUUAUCAUGAAUACGAAGAAAAUAUUGCAAAUCUUUGGUAGAAAGAAGAAAUUGAAUAUGGUAAAGUGGGAACCUGUUGCCAAAGAUGAGUAUAACACUUUCAAAUUUGAAUUGAGUGACAUCAAUAAAGAGUUAAAGCAAUCACAUGAACCAACAUGGAAGAUAAACUAUAUAAAUCCGAAAACAAGCUAUGGAUAUAUACUUAUGAUGCGUAGCAAAUAAAACUCUUUUGGAAAAAAAUCAGGUUUCGACAGUUCGAAUAAAUAAAUAAUUCAUCUUUUCUUCGAAUAAAAAAAAAGCUUUUUUUCAUUCAAA